AUCAUACUUCAAAAAUUCCCUAAAACCUCUGUACUGGGCAACUUUGGGAGAAGGGAGUGAGAACUGAGAGGGAGACGCCCAGCUAGAAGCCCCCAUACUUCUGCUUGUCUUCAGGCUCGCUACCAGAAAGAAGAGGUUAAAGCCGGAGGUUAGGAAUGUCAUCGACGCUACUUGAGGUUACGCGUGCGUCGCAUGAGGAGGUAGAGCGAUUCGAGCGGCUAAUCGUGAAGGAUCUCCAGAACGAGCCGGCGACCAACAAGGACCGCCUACACCAGAGCCACCGCGUUCGCAAUGUUAUUGAUCAAAUCAUUGAGACCACGCACAAACUCGUUGAUAUUUACGAAGAUAAAGAUGGUGCUCGGAAGGAUGAGAUUGCAGCCCUGGGAGGACAGGCGGAUUCUGUGUCUACUGUGUUCAGUGCUUUUUAUGACAGAUUAAAGGAGAUACGUGAAUACCAUAGACGGCAUCCUUCUGCACGUGUUGUUGAUACCAGUGAUGAGUAUGAACAUCUUCUCAAGGAGGAGCCACAAGUGGAGUUUAGCGGGGAAGAGGGAUCUGGGAGAUACCUCGAUUUGCAUGAGCUGUAUGGUGAAUAUAUUAACUCCAAAUUUGGUGAGCCGAUUGAAUAUACUGCGUAUCUUGAAGUCUUCUCCAAACCUCAACUAAUUUCUCGUAAGCUGAAGUCAACAAGGCAGUACAUGGAGUAUUUGCAGAAGUUACUUGAGUAUUUGAUAUACUUUUUUCAGCGUACAGAGCCUUUGCAGGACAUUGAUAGGAUAUUUUUGAAGCUUGAUGGCGAAUUUGAAGAGCAGUGGACUAAUGGUAAGUUUGAAGGAUGGGAGAAUGAAUCUCAAGAAAAUGGUAGUGCUACAAAAGAUCAUACUGUGAUUGAUCUAGACUAUUACAGUACCAUUGAAGAGUUGAAAGAAGUGGGCCCUGAUAAGCUAAAGGAGGCAUUAGCUGCACUAGGAUUGAAGUCAGGAGGUACUGUACAGCAGCGUGCUGAAAGACUUUUCCUUACGAAGCAUACACCUCUUGAAAAGUUGGACAAGAAACAUUUUGCAAAAAAUUAUCAAGGUUCAGUGCAGAAUGGAGGUGUUUCUCUUCCACAACUAAAUGAAGAUGCAAAAGCUGUUGCAUUAAUGGAAGCAAAAAUAAGAAAGCUGUGUGAUCUCCUGGAUGAGACAAUUGUUCGCACUAAGGAAAAUGUUGAGAAGAAACAGGCUCUGACAUAUGAGGAAAUGGAGGCGGAACGGGAAGAGGAAGAUGUACAAGCAGAGUCAGAGAGUGACGAUGAUGAGCAGCAGAUUUAUAACCCCUUGAAGUUACCUAUGGGCUGGGAUGGGAAACCUAUCCCAUACUGGUUAUAUAAACUUCAUGGCCUUGGUCAGGAAUUUAAGUGCGAGAUAUGUGGAAACCACAGUUAUUGGGGUCGUAGAGCAUACGAAAGGCAUUUCAAGGAAUGGAGACAUCAACAUGGAAUGCGAUGCCUUGGUAUCCCAAACACAAAGAACUUCAAUGAGAUAACAUCUAUUGAGGAAGCAAAACAACUUUGGGAAAGAAUCCAGGAGAGACAAGGAGUUAACAAAUGGCGCCCAGAUCUUGAGGAAGAGUACGAAGACCAAGAAGGAAACAUCUAUAACAAGAAGACAUUCACAGAUCUGCAAAGGCAGGGUUUGAUUUAGAGGUUAGUUUCUUUUUGCUGGAGUGGGAUGUAUAACAUUUUUGGAAGAACUUGUAAACCUGGCUAGUGUGCUCUGCUACUUGUACAAUUGUACUUUCAGCAAACCGAAGGGCCAAUCUUUCAUGAUGAUUUGAUGUCAUCUUGCAGUUUUCUUGAGCAUCUUAGUAAUUUACGUUUGGUGCAUGAGGGAGGACAAUAUUUGUACUUUGUACAUAGCCUGGAUUCCCUGGUGCACCCAGAGGAGGCACAAUCUGUUUCGACUGUCAGGGGAUGCAUAUGAGUUUUCCUGUAUUCUUUUUCUUAAUCAGGCGUUUCAACAUUUGUAGCCAUUCUAUCACUAGAUGAGGACUUUUCUGGAAAUGAGGAGAUCUGAACUGGAAGUUGCUAGUUAUGGUUUCUAAUUUUUCAUGUUUUGCUUUCAUGCAUAUGCAAGUCCUGUUGGGUUGGAUGAGUGAUGUACAAGUAUUGCGCUCAGUAGCUUAUCAGCUACUGAGGGACUGAGGCAUCAUGCAUCUUAUUAACAUACGUUUCGUCGUGCAAGGUUAUGUACACAAGUAUUAGUGAGACUUUUAGCGUGACUGAUGUGGCAGUAAUUAGUAUAUGAUAUUUCACUUGUAUCCUUUAAUUAUAGCGGCAAUGUGGCUUUAACACAUGGUAUUCGAUAUUUAAAAUUUUCCAUUUAUUGAUUUGAGGUUUAAAUAUGUUUUUAGUCGCUAGUUUACUAGUUUGUUA